AUGGCCGAAGAAGAUAUUGAGACCAGCUUCCAAGCCGCCAUCGAUGCGGGGAAGAUCAACGGCGCAGUGAUUUGCGCCACUGAUGGGGAGGGCCGUUUUGUCUAUAACAAAACCCUCGGCGAUCGCACGCUCCUGUCAGGCGAGAAAGUACCGCAGCAGCUAGAUGAUGUCCUAUUCCUGGCAUCUGCCACAAAACUGAUCGCCACGAUCGCUGCGCUACAGUGCGUCGAGGACGGCCUGUUAACCCUGGACGGUGAUCUCUCGACCGUCGCACCUGAACUGGCCAGCAAAGAGGUCAUCACCGGGUUUUCCGAAGAUGACGAAACUCCCAUCCUCCAGCCUGCGGUGCGCCCCAUCACGCUGGAGAUGCUUCUCACCCACAGCUCGGGUCUAAUUUAUCACUUCAUGAACCCCCUUGUCGGCAAGUGGCGCGAGAAGUUCUCCGCCCCCGAUGAAGCAGGUGUCCGGUCAGUGGAAGAACUCUUCAGCUAUCCGCUUGGCUUUCAGCCCGGCGAAGGCUGGAUGUAUGGUCCUGGACUUGAUUGGGCGGGUCGCAUAGUCGAGCGAGUGACGGGCCUCACACUCGGGGAGCGUAUGCAACAACGCAUCUUUGAUCCACUCGGUAUCAAAGACGGGCAAUUCUUCCCAGUGACUCGCGAAGACCUGCGGGCUCGUAUGGUUGACCUGAACCCGAAUGACCCCGAGGGCCUAGGACGGGCUGUGUUGGGAGGGGGUGGCGAUAUGAAUUUGCGUACACGCGGUGACUUCGGUGGUCAUGGUCUCUUCUUACCUGGUAAUGAUUACACCAAGAUUUUGCGCUCCCUGCUGGUCAACGACGGUAAAUUGCUCAAGCCUACCACUGUCGACAACAUGUUCGAACAUCACCUCAGCCCCGGCGCGACCGAGAGCCACCAGAGUGCCCUAAGUAGUCCUAUGGGACAUUUCUUCCGCGUUGGCAUAGAUCCUGAUAUGAAGGCUGGUCAUGGACUGGGUGGCCUUCUUAUGCGUCAGGACGUCGAUGGUUGGUAUGGGGAUCGAACACUGACUUGGGGUGGUGGUCUUACAUUCGCAUGGUUCAUCGAUCGGAAGAAUGACCUUUGCGGAAUCGGCGCUGUUCAAGCGGCACUUCCAGUGGAUGGCGAGUUGAUCGCUCAGCUGAAGCAGGUCUUCCGUCGCGAUGUCUACCGCAAACGUGCCGCAUGGAAAGAACAGCAGUAG